UGUUUAUUUUCUUACUUUAGGUUAUGUUUUAAAAUAUAAAAUAUAUUAUUAUUAUAAUGUUAACUCUGAACACGUAUAAAACCGAAUUAAACGCCGAUUCCCUCGAGUUUUGUCCCCACGAACCCAACCAAAACGUUUUCGUUUGCGCCAAUUAUCAACUUGAAAAAGAUGAAACAUCUCAAACAAGAAAAGGAUUAUUAUUAUUAUUUUCAAUCGAGGAUGAUUUAAAUUUAUUACAAACAAUCGGAUGUUCCGGAGUACUGGACACAAAAUGGUGCCGAAAUAAAAUUGGAAAUCGAUCAAUUUUGGGAGUUGUGAACGCGACGAAAUCAAUCGAAAUUUAUGUAUUAAAUUUAAAUGUUAAUUUAGUGUUACAAUGUAAAUUAACAAUUCCAAGUGAAAUUCCACAACUUUUAUUAUUAUCAUUGGAUUGGUCAUCUUCAGAAACGAAUUUUGGAUUGCAAGAGAUUGUUUGUAGCGACUCAAAAGGAAGUGUACAUCGAUUAAUUUACCAAAAUAAUCAGUUAACUUACUUAAACGGUUAUAAACCACACGAUUUCGAAUGUUGGUGUGUUACUUUUAAUCAUUUCAACUCAAACAUUUUUUAUUCCGGCGGUGAUGACACAUUUUUAUUCUCCCAUGAUUCCCGAAUUGGUGAUUUUACCUUUAAAAAUAAAUCCCACACUGCCGGGGUUACCUCAAUCCAAUCCAAUCCUCACCGAGAGCAUUUAUUAGCAACCGGAAGUUACGAUUCUUAUUUAAGAAUUUGGGAUGAUCGGAAAUUAAAGGAUUGCUUAUUCCAAUUGGAAUUACCCGGUACUUUAUGGCGAUUAAAAUGGGAUCCAUUCGGAGAUAAUCUUUUAUUAGCGGGGUGUAUGAGCGGAGGUGCUCACAUCGUUCAAAUUAAUGAUUGUAGCGGUGAAAUAAUUGGGGGUUAUAACGAACAUGAAAGUUUAGUUUACGGUGUUGAUUGGAGUUGGUUAUCUUUGGAGAGUAUUAAAAAAAUUAGAAAUGAAGCUCAGUAUUUAAUCGGAACUUGUUCUUUUUACGAUAAUUUAAUGUGUUUAACAACUUUUAAUACGUGAAUUAUUUUUGUGUUUA